AACCGGGUUGCAUCAAGAAUAUAGCAUAACAAGACCAGGAGAUACUCGUUGGGGCUCAUAUCUCAGAACCUUGCUUCGUAUAUUCACAAUGUGGAAUUACGUGGUGGAUUUGCUAGGUAUUGUAGUGGUUGAUCCUCGGGAACACACAUGUCAAGGUGGAGCUUCAAAUUUGCUUAUUAAGAUGGAAUGCUUUGAACUUGAGUUCAUCAUGUUGUUCUUAAUAAACUUGUUGAGCACCACAAAUCAUCUAUCACAAGCUUUGGAAAGGAAGAAUCAAAAUGUUGUUGAAGCCAUGCGUUUGAUCAUGGAUGUGAAAGAAAGCUUGCAAGACAUGAGGGACAAUGGGUGGGAGUCUUUAGUCAACCAAACCAAGAACUUUUGUGAGGCACAUGACAUUGAUGUGCCAAAUAUGGAUGAUCUUGUUGGAGCUAUGGGUCAAUCUGUUCGAUCUAAGAAUAAGGUGACUCAACUUCACUAUUACAAGGUUAGCAUAUUCAAUGUUGCCAUUGAUGCAACUGUCACAGAGAUGGAUCAUCGAUUCAAUGAAGUUUCCACCGAGUUAUUGGAUUGUAUGUCUUGUCUUAAUCCAACAAAAAACUUCUCAAAGUUUAAUGUUGAAAAACUUAUUUGGCUUGCUGAAAUUUAUGCUGAAGACUUUACAGAAGCUGACCGGUUGUUGCUAAGAGGUGACCUCCCAAGAUUCCUUAAGAACAUUAGGAGAAGUGAGGACUUUAAUGGAUGCCGAGAUGUGUCCACACUUGCUCGAUUGAUGGUUCAAACAACAAAACACACGUCUUUCCAGUUGGUAUAUCGCCUCCUUGAGUUGGCACUGAUUCUUCGUGUGGCAAAUACAUUUGUUGAGCAAAUAUUUUCGGCAAUGAAGACCAUCAAGAGAGAUUUGCACACUAAGCUAUCAAAUGAAUGGCUAAAUGAUUUAAUGGUAUGCUAUUGCGAAAAAGAGAUAUUCAGAAGCAUUCAUGAUGAUCAAAUCAUGAUAGAAUUCCCGAAAAUGAGGGAUCGUAAAGGACAUUUGCGUGAUGAGUUUAAUGUGAUUUCUUAAAGAUGGCUUGUGGCUGGUCACUUGGGCAUACAUUUUUAUAUUUUGGUUUGGAGGUGUUCUACCAUAGCAUUAGUAAGAAGCGACACUGUAUCAUUGUUUUGGUCUUUUAGUUGUUGCUUCUCUAGUACUUUAUGUAUUUGUGUGUGAAUUGUAUCAAACUUUGUGGUAUGGUCAAACAUGUUACUAGUAUUGGUCUUAGAAGACUUCAUGUCAUUUUGAGCACAUUUUUGGCAGAUAUUGGUUGUUUAAAUUGGCAAUACUAAAUUAGUUAAAGUGUUGAUAUUUUUCAAAAAAUCUAGCAAAAUUCCAGCAAGUUCCCAAUAGUAAUAUGAGAAAUUUUGAGCUUAUUGGGGCGAAAGGAUUAGCAAAUAAUGGCUAUUUUGCUAGGCAGGUUCAAAAUUUGUUUUUCCCCCAAAAAAAAUCAAGUAAAUACCACAUCUUACCAGUAGUUCUGGGAAUUUUGAGCUUAUUUGGACAAAAGGAUGGGCAGAAUGUGGCUGUUUUGCUUGACAUAUCCAAAUUUUAGUGUAAAAUUUGAUAUUUUUCAAAAGAUCCAGAAACGUUUCAGUAAUACUACAUGU